CAGGAGGAGGCCCCAGUAUCCCGAGUCGUUGGCGAAUCUGCACAGGUUCAGGAAAACCGCUCACGGGCAUGACGGGUCCAGCAGGAUUGUGAUGGUUAGAAAGACUGAUCAGAGGACCUUUGCUUCCAUUAAGAAUGGCGAGGAACCAACACUGGAGACGGUGACGAGAGAAACAAUAGAAACAUUUAGAGGCCAAAGAACUGAAUACAAAGUGACUACUGAGAAAAAGGACUGUGAUAACAAAUGCCCUCCCGAUGUGCUCAAAGCCGUUUUACAACAAAACAAAAAGACAGUGAAUAAGAAUCCAAAAAUGAACUUCACGUUGGAAUGCUUGAAGGCACACAAUGAAUGCAGACUGAAACAUGGCUGCAAGCCUUUGAAACUAAACAAGGAUAUAUGCAAGAUAAGUCAGCAAUGGGCUGAUGUUUUGAUACGGAGAAACGCCCCCCAGCAAAGCAAUAACCGAGAUUUGGGGGAGAACAUUUACAGUUGUCAGUCUACCGACUCAAACUUCAACAUAUCAGGCAAGGAAGUGGUUGAAACUUGGUACAGCGAGAUUCAAAACCACCAGUUUGGCGUGGAACCAAAAGACUUAAAGACUGGACAUUUCACGCAGGUCGUGUGGAAGGACAGUAGAGAGUUAGGGGUGGGUUUUGCCAAGUCCGGGGGUAAAAUUAUUGUGGUAACCAACUAUGAACCGCCUGGGAACUUUAUAGGACAAUUUUCCGACAACGUGCCAUCAUUUAUCUCCGAAAAUAACAACACAUAUACAGUGGAAAACAACAUGCCUCCACCUUGCAUCAAAAGUAACCUUAAGAAAGGUACAGCGGAAAACUUUGAAGUCGACUUCCUUAACAAACACAAUGAACUCCGAAAACUCCACGGAGUACCACCUUUAAAACUCGACAGAAAGCUCUGUAAAUACUCUGAAACCUGGGCCGAGUAUCUGGCGACCAAAAAUGUGCUACAACAUCGGCCUGAGAGUAACUAUGGGGAAAACAUUUUCAGCGUUUGCUCGACAGAAGCAAAGUUUUGCAUUAAAGGGGAGGAACCUGUUGUGCAUUGGUACAACGAUAUGAAAAACUAUCCGUUUGGUAAGGAGCCCAAGAAUUUGAAGAAAGGCGGGCAUUUCACCCAGGUCAUAUGGAAGUCGAGUGAAUAUUUGGGGGUUGGAGUGGCAAAGAACAACAACAAAAUUUACGUUGUGGCCAAUUAUUCCCCAGCUGGUAAUUUUGUCGGGUUUUAUGUCGAAAACGUACCUCCUCCAUUAAAAAGUAUUCCCAAUACAGACUCAUCAGCAAAAGAAGAUUUUAUUCUAUCCUUGAUUGGAACUGAAGGAAACUUUAGGGAAGACUUUCUAAAAGCUCAUAACAUCUACAGAAAACUCCAUGGAAGUCAACCUUUGUCACUGGACGAAGAAAUUUGCAUUGAAAGCCAAAUUUGGGCAAACCAUUUAGCUGCUACGAAUACGUUCGAAACGAGUUCAAAUGAAAAAUAUGGAGAGAAUAUUUACACGAUAUCUUCAUCAGACCCUACUUUCACCAUCACUGGCUACAAUCCUGUAGAUUCUUGGUAUGAUGAAGUCCAUUUACACGAUUUUACUAGGGAACCUACUGAGUUUAGUUCGCUGCAUUUUACGCAGGUUGUUUGGAAGAGUACCAAAACUUUAGGUGUCGGUGUGUCAAAAUCGGAAGAUGGUACCAUAUACGUAGUGGCGAAUUACUUUCCGCCAGGAAAUUACCAAAAAGAGUACCUUGCUAACGUUGGUAUGGCUGAAAAACCUAAACAUAAACCCGCUGGUGCAAUUGAUAAAGAAAAAUUCGCUGCUGAAGCGCUGAGCGUUCAUAACGAGUACAGACGAAAACAUGGCGUGGCUGAGUUAGUUCUAAACAAAGAGAUGUCUGAUUACGCCCAAGAAUGGGCCGAAACGCUAGCCAAAAAGUCGAGCCUGACUCACCGAGCCAACAACAAAUACGGCGAGAACAUUUUCAGCGUCUACUCUUCGGAUUUCAGCCACGUGCCGUCGGCAAGAGACGCUGUGAAAGAGUGGUACGACGAGGGCAAACAUUACACGAACUACGCGAAGGAGUCCAUCAACCAGAAAGCCCUGCACUUCACGCAGGUGGUGUGGAAGGAGUCCAAGGAACUCGGCGUCGGUGUGGCGAAAAAUCAGAAAGGCCAGACCUACGUCAUCGCGAACUACAAUCCUAGAGGCAACGUGGGAGGCCAUUUUGUCAACAAUGUUUUGAGGCCAAAAUGA